AUGUUCUCAAGAGCAGUCAAGCAACAAAGCAAGUUCUUGCAACACACCUCCAAGAGAUUCAACUCUGAAAAGGUCAAGGGUACCGUCAUUGGUAUCGAUUUGGGUACCACCAACUCAGCUGUCGCUGUUAUGGAAGGUAAGGUUCCAAAGAUCAUUGAAAACGCUGAAGGUUCCAGAACUACUCCAUCUGUCGUUGCUUUCACCAAGGAUGGUGAAAGAUUAGUUGGUAUUCCAGCUAAGCGUCAAGCUGUUGUUAACCCAGAAAACACCUUGUUUGCUACCAAGCGUCUUAUUGGUAGAAGAUUCGAAGAUGCCGAAGUCCAAAAAGAUAUCAACCAAGUUCCAUACAAGAUUGUCAAGCACUCUAACGGUGACGCUUGGUUGGAAGCUAGAGGUGAAAAGUACUCCCCAGCCCAAAUUGGUGGUUUCGUUUUGAACAAGAUGAAGGAAACCGCUGACGCCUACUUGGGUAAGUCUGCCAACAACGCCGUUGUUACCGUCCCAGCUUACUUUAAUGAUGCUCAAAGACAAGCCACUAAGGAUGCUGGUCAAAUUGUUGGUUUGAAUGUUUUGAGAGUUGUUAACGAACCAACUGCUGCUGCUUUGGCUUACGGUUUGGAAAAGUCCGACGCUAAGGUUGUCGCUGUCUUCGAUUUGGGUGGUGGUACUUUCGAUAUCUCCAUCUUGGACAUUGACAAUGGUGUCUUUGAAGUUAAGUCCACUAACGGUGACACUCACUUGGGUGGUGAAGAUUUCGACAUUUCUUUGGUUAGAUUUAUUGUUGAACAAUUCAAGAAGGAAAGUGGUAUCAACUUGGAAAAAGACAGAAUGGCUAUCCAAAGAAUCAGAGAAGCUUCUGAAAAGGCCAAGAUUGAAUUGUCUUCUACCAAGCAAACCGAAGUUAACUUGCCAUUUAUUACUGCCGACGCUUCUGGUCCAAAGCACAUCAACUUGAAGAUCACCAGAUCUCAAUUCGAAGGUUUGGUUGACGGUUUGAUCAAGAAGACCGUUUCUCCAUGUAACAAGGCUCUUAAGGAUGCUGGUCUUUCCACCUCUGACGUUAACGAAGUUAUUUUGGUUGGUGGUAUGUCCAGAAUGCCAAAGGUUAUGGAAACUGUUAAGUCCAUCUUCAACAAGGAACCAUCUAAGGCCGUUAACCCAGAUGAAGCUGUCGCCAUUGGUGCUGCUAUUCAAGGUGCUGUCUUGGCCGGUGAAGUUACUGAUGUCUUGUUGUUGGAUGUUACCCCAUUGUCCCUCGGUAUUGAAACCUUGGGUGGUGUCUUCACUAGAUUAAUUCCAAGAAACACUACUAUCCCAACCAAGAAGUCUCAAGUCUUCUCUACUGCUGCUGAAGGUCAAACUUCUGUUGAAAUCAGAGUUUUCCAAGGUGAAAGAGAAUUGGUCAGAGACAACAAAUUGAUUGGUAACUUUACCUUGAGCGGUAUCCCACCAGCUCCAAAGGGUGUUCCACAAAUUGAAGUUACCUUCGACAUUGAUGCCGAUGGUAUCAUCAACGUUUCUGCUAGAGAUAAGGCUUCUAACAAGGAUGCUUCUAUUACUGUUGCCGGUUCUUCCGGUUUGUCUGAUGCCGAAAUUGAAAAGAUGGUUAACGAUGCUGAAAAGUUCAAGGAACAAGAUAAGGCCAGAAAGGAAGCUAUUGAAAUCGCUAACAGUGCUGACCAAAGAGCUAACGACACCGAAAAGUCAUUGAACGAAUUCAAGGACAAAUUGGACAUGGAAUCUCCAGAAGUUAAGUCCCUUAAGGAAAAGAUCUCUGCUAUCAGAGAAAACGUUGCCAAGGCUCAAAGCGGUGAAGAAGUUGAUUCCCAAGAAUUGAAAACCAAGACUGAAGAAUUGACCAAGGAAUCUAUGGAAGUUUUCAAGAAAUUGUACGAAGACCAAGCCAAGAACAACAGUGAAGAACAAAAGAACUAA